CCUUGAACCUUUACCCAAGGAUUUAUACGGCUAUCCUUGACCGUUACAAUGUGAGAAUUUAACGGCUAUUCUCGACCGUAAGAAGGUGUGUUUGAAGAACACGAAAUAGGAUUCUACACAACGGCUAGAAUAUAAAAAUGAAGAACAAAACUUAGCCGGUGUAGAAGGAAAUUAUACUCUCUCAAAAAUACAAUACAAACUUAUGAAUAUGAGAGUAUAUAACUAGAAACACAAGCUCAAAAUACUACUCCGUAAUUCACUACCUUAAUUAUAGGUUCUCAGAUCUCAAUGGAUUCCUUUCUUUUCCCUGCCAAUAAUGAAUCCCUCUACCCUAUCCUAUCCUAUCCGCCUCCAUCGCCAAAUCAGAUGAACUCCACGGAACAAAUCUCGAAUUGAUUUUGAUAAAUGGGUUAUCUUUCAUGUAAUUCCCAAUCUGCAGUUUCAAUCUCCGAUUCCAAGAACACCCAGAACAAGAAGAAGAAGAACAAGAACAUCAGCGCCAGCAGCAGCAGCAGCAGCAGAUUCAUUCAAGAAUUCAGCCACAGUGACCUCGAAGCCGCCACCAAUGGCUUCUCCGACAAGAAGCUCCUCGGGAAGGGCAGCCAUGGCCUCGUCUACAAGGGCGUCCUCCCCGGCGGCCGUCUAGUGGCCGUCAAGAAAUCUUCCAGGUCUCCGAGGUGCCUUGCUUCGUCUUCCUCCUCCUCCUCCGAGAACCCGAAUGAAAUCGAUAAUGAAAUUGAAAUCUUGUCCAGGUUGCAAAACCCUAGGGUGGUGAAUCUCGUCGGGUUCACCACGGGUGAAUGCCGGGACCGGCUUCUGGUGGUGGAGUUCAUGUCCAAUGGGACUCUGUUUGAUGCCCUUCACACCGAUCCCCGCCCGCCCGGUUGGGGCAGGCGGGUGAAAAUGGCUCUUCAGACUGCGAAAGCCAUUCGGGCACUUCACUCGUUGGACCCGCCCGUGAUCCACCGGGAUAUCAAGUCCGCAAAUGUGUUGAUUGACCGAAACUCCAAUGCCCGUUUGGGCGAUUUUGGGUUGGCAUUGAGGUGCCAACAGGACGACUCUAGGCUUAGGUCGACCCCACCCGCGGGCACAAUGGGCUAUCUUGAUCCGGGGUAUGUUACCCCGGAUCAUCUGAGCCCGAAAACCGAUGUGUUUAGCUUUGGGAUAUUGUUGUUGGAGAUGAUUAGUGGGAGAAAGGCCAUUGACGUGGCGUACUCCCCGCCUUAUAUAGUUGAGUGGGCCGUCCCUUUGGUGAGGCGAGGGAAGCUCUUGGCAAUGUAUGACCCUAGGAUCCAACCCCCCAAGGACCCAAGGGUGAUGAAGCAAUUGGCGGUCGUGGCCACCAAAUGCGUGAGGUCUUGUAGGGAAAGGAGGCCUAGUAUGGAUGAGGUCGUCGAGUGCUUGAGUGAGUUGAGCAAGUCGGUCCCGCUUCAUCCGUGGGCUAACGGUCUAACCAAUCCGUGUUUGGUGGUCGAGACCGUGGGUGGUGGUGGUAGGACGCCCGGUAGGGGCGAUGAUGGGAACUUCGAUGCUAAGAAAGUCACAAGCAAUAAGCCAUUGUGGGGUUCGCGGAGAAUUCAUUCGGAUUUGGGAUCGCGGAGCAAUUUGAUGGAUUUGAUGGCGGGAGUGGAUGGGGGCUCGGGUUCUCGGGCAAGUCCCAAUCAUGGUGCUUAAUCAUCAUCAUCAUCAUAAUCAUCUUCUUCAUCCAAAUUCUUGUGUGUUUAUACCAGAUGAUCACAUUGUUUUGAAUGAGAUUAAUGUGUUAUUAUUUCUUCUAUAUCUGAACUCUAUCUAAUUGCUCAUACUUAGGAUUUGGUUGAGCCAUAAACAUCACUAGUGUGAGUUGAUUUUAGGCAGACACAAGUUUAGUGUAGCCUUUUGCUGGUUUUUGUUGGUCCUUUAAAUUUUCCCUUUGUUUUUGGUCUUCAAAGUUUAAUAAUGAGAAAAUGUUUGC